AUGAUGGACAAUAAUAGAAAGAGAGGCGGUAUGCUCUAUCUCAAGACCCGCAAAACGGCCUCUAGCACGGCAGCCGGAGUCAAUUUGCGGAUAGCCCGCAAUCUAGCCAAACGAUUAGAUCUAGCCAAACCAGCUCAAUUUUGUCCGGCGGGGUUUCAUCAUACCAAGGCAUCCAAACUCUAUAGUCAACGCGACAAGACACGGUCGUUUCUGUGGACCACACUGCGAGAACCAACCCAACGAUUGAUUUCCGAUUUCAACUACUUUGUUCUUAGUCGACAUCCCAAUAUCACUGCAACUAUCAAUUACAAUGUUAGUAUGCCAAUGCCAACAACAACAGAACAAGACCCAACCACACGACUCUUUGAGGCAUGGGCGCACCGUCAACGAGAUCACUACUUGAAAGUACUGCCUCUGCAACGCGUCGUCAAACCAAGAGCCACGCACGCGGAAAAGUUGCAAGCUAUUCAGACCAUUAUCGACAACGAUUACGACUUUAUCGCCAUUACCGAACGCCUCGAUGAGUCUUUGGUCGUCUUGCAGCUACUCUUGCCGGAUUUGCCGCUCCAGGAUCUACUCUACCUCAAAGGAGCCAAAACCAGUGGCGGCUACGACGAUGGCGUCUUUCAAGGAACAUGCUAUUAUAUACAGCCCACCAUCGUCACACCGGGCAUGCACGCACUCGUACAAACACCGGAAUGGAACACUCAAAUAGUACAAUACGAACGAGCACUGUACCAGGCUGCCAAUCAAUCCUUGGAUGACACCAUUGCUCAGUUGGGAAAACAAGUGGUGGCACGACAAUUAAAGGCAUUUCGGCAAUUGCAACAACACGCCGUGCAACAAUGUGCUCAUGACACUGUAUUUCCCUGCAAUGCCGUCACGGGGCAAAAGAAUCUGCACAAUGACUGUUUGUGGGCCGACUCGGGGUGUGGAGCCGAUUGUUUGGAUCGAGUGGGAGUACCAUAG